GAGCCUCUCUCUCUCUGAGGUUGCUCUGGCAAUUUCUCUCAAGUGAUUGGGUUAUUUAAGGAGAUUAGACACUAAAAGAAAUGAGGGGACGCGUAAGAUGGGAUGAAGCUAACUUGGGAGAAAUUGAGAAAAAUAAACCUGUAAGGCAGAAGAUCACAGAACCUAAGACACCAUACCACCCCAUGAUUGAAGAUGAUGGUUCCCUAUCUCCUAUACGGGGUUUUGAUGAAUGCAUGGGUAAUGCUGAGCAUGCCAAUGCCAUAAGGACUGCCUUGAAUGAUGUAGCUUCAGCAAGUAGAAAUCACUCUAUGCAGUCUGGGGGCUGGACAUCUUCUGAGGAUGAGGCAGAUGCCAUGGAACAAGAUGAUGAAGACUCUGAGACAGACAGGAGUGGUAUGAAUUUUCGGGAGCACAGAAGAGCACAUUAUGAUGAAUACCAUAAGGUGAAAGAACUGCUUCGGAAGGGAUCUUUUCUAAAUGAUGAUGAUGAGGAUGGUGAUGAUAAGGUGGAUAAAGCUGCUAGAAAUGGUGCGAAGGAAAUAAAAAUUGAUGGUCAUGAUAAAACUUUGCCACAACAAUCUCCUCGGCAGGUCAAUGGGGCUUGAGAUUUAAUUUUACAGAUUCCUCACCCCGCCACCCAAACAUUUUGACACAGGAUGCUUUGUCCUGUGUUUUCCAUUCUCUCUUCCCCUCGGGAGGGAGAGGGGGCUGUUCUCAUAUUACUUUCUUGACCGUGUGUUAUCAAGUAUCAAUCAUCUGUAUUUUUAUGCACGUGUAAAUAGAUAUUUUGUCACUUAUGCUUCUUUUAUCUUCUGAACUGUUCUCUA